AUGAUGGAGCAUCACCCGAGUAGCAAUAUUGAAGCAGAAGUAUAUGCGUUUAAUGAUUUCAAACGUCGUCCUGCAGAAAAUUUCACAUUCAAGAACCACAAAGACAUCCAUGUCAGGUGGGAAGCGGCUUCGUUUCGCAUUACUAAGUUUACCAAGGAAGUCAUUUUGGUCCCGUAUGAUGGCAAAACGUGGAACUUCGACCUACAUUACAGGGAUCUCUGGGGAUUAGCUAGUGACGUACUUGGGGACCCUCACAUUUUUCCACAUUUCAUGUUUGACGCGCAACACUUAUCUAAGUUUGAUGGGGAGACUUUUGUUCGCUUUGUCAACAAACCAUACACUGCGCAGGAUUUCUGGGAUGUACAAUCACAACUACCGCCAGACAGGAAGCCCUUAACCUUCAUACUAUAUGCUGACAAAAUGAGACUAUUGUCAUUUGGGACUGUGAAGGGCUAUCCUGUGGUUGCACGUUUAGCAAAUCUGCCCACUGGUAUUCGAAAUGGACGAGGCACCGGUAGCGGCUAUGUGGUAGGAUGGCUACUAAUUGUAAAGGAAGAUAAGGACUAUGCUGGAAAGCCCAGCUGGGUAAACUUCAAAAACGCAGUCUGGCACGAGUCAUUUCGAAGAAUCACAUUGUCGUUAGCAUCGAAAUCGAGGGUGGGACAAUGGUUCGCUUGCAUGGAUGGCGUUGAACGCUGGUUUUUCCUUAUUGUGCUUAUUUUGUCUGCUGAUUAUGAGGAGCACCUAUGGCCAUGUCCCAUAUGUCUUGUCCCUCAACAUGCGCUCAGCGAUACCUCAAAGACGUACACGCGCCGGACUGCGGAUGAUUCACAUGCUGCGGUAACAACUGCACAAGCAAAAGAUACCAUAGAAGAGCAAGAGGAGGUUCUGAAAGUCCUAGGACUACGUAACAUCGAGAAUGCACUAUGGGCCAUACAAUACUCGGACGUCCAUAGGGUGUUGUUGCAUGACCGAUGCCACUUUAAUCAUGGCGGGCUUUGGUCACGUCACUAUUGGGUUGAACUGCAGAAAUACAUAGCAAGACUCGGACGAGCAAAAGUAUCGCAAGUUGAUAAGGCAUAUCAAGCAUUCCCUCACUGGCGGGAUCUAUGGCACCUGAACCAAGUGAUGAAUGUUUUGUUUGUGGACAGUGCCAUGCACGAAGAUAUUUCAAAGAUGAUCAUCUACGCUACGCAUAACAUCCUGACGGAGGACGAAUCACCACUUGGAUACCUUUUGCUCCAAUGCGUGCGACUUUACCUUGAGGCCGAUAUAUACACUGCAUUUGAAGUUCACACAACUGCAACAAUCAGCGAAGGGAGAAAUGCUGUCCAGGCCCUGAUGGCACUUAUGAAGGAUGACAACGAAUCAGACAAGGAUUGGAAUUUUCCGAAGCUGCACAUGUUGACGCACUUAUUCGACGACAUCGAGGCCAAAGGAGCUUCAAGGAAUUACAAUAUGAAGCCAAACGAGCAGAUGCAUGGACCGUUGAAGGACUGUGACUUCCUCCCUGGUUUGAAUGUCGAUGGGUCUCUGCAUGUGAAACUCGGUUCCAGCCAGGCUCCACAGAUGUUUGCUCUCAUUGAGGAUACUCACCGGAACGAUGACACAUUCACCAACUUCUGUGUCAGGCUCAACUCAUUUCUAAACGACUUUCUCCCUGCCUGCAACAUACGCCUUCCAGAUGGAAAGAGAAUUCACCUCAAAUCAGAUGUUGCAGUUACUGCACAUCAAUUUCUGCGAGUGAACUUCGAGUCCCUCAUAGAUUGGUGGCAACACACGGACUACUUGCGGUGCAACCCAUGCUUCUAUAAUGCACCCCGCUUCGAUUGUGUCUUCAUUCAGACCCAUGCGAAUGUCAUCAUUGGACGUCUGCUCUUCCUUUUUGAUUGCCCAGUUGGAGAGGAUCUGUUUCCGCUUGCUCUUGACGGACAGCUCAAUCUUUUCAGGGUUCGAGCAAAACCACGAGCACAAGCCGAAUUUUUCUCGGUCAGGUUGAUCAUUCGCGGGGCACUUCUAGUGCAUGAUGCCGGCCUCGAUUACCUUGUCGUUGACACGGUUGAUACCGACAUGUUCCUCCGGGUGAAGGAAAUGCAUUUGCAGGCUGGACAUGUAGUUCGCAUUUGA